AUGAAGGUGUGGCGUCCUUCUGUGAUUCAUGGGGUUGGAUUUACUUUUGGCAACCUGGUUGGAAUGUAUCUGGCUCAAAAUUAUGACAUGCCAAACCUGGCUAAAAAACUUGAAGAAAUUAAAAAGGACAUGGAUGCCAAGAAGAAACCCCCUAAUCCAUGAGGCCAACUCCAGCACUGGCUCCAGGAAAUCCUGACUCUCCUCUUCUCCAGGGCCUCCUUUACACCUGAACCAAAGCUUCUGUCUUCUGUCCAGUCUCAGCCUUUGCUUCGAGCACAAAUGGG